GUCGAGAGCCAGGUGUUCGACCGUGUGCACCGUCUCGGACAACCGAAAGACGUCUUCGUACAUCGGCUGGUCAUUGCAAACACAGUAGAAGAUCGUAUCCUAGCCAUUGAGGAUCGUGAGAGGGAGUCGGCAGAUCGUAGUCUCGGAGAGGGUCUGGAAAGACGAUCGGCCGGAAGUUCGCCCUUAUACGUAUACGUCUUUUACUUAUGCCGCGUGGGGUGUGGCGUGGAGCCCAAUGCUGGCUUAUUUCGGCACUUCGUAGGUGUGAGCAUGAGAGAGCUCAGGAAUUCAUUCGGUUUGAACGGUCGCGGAGAGGUGAUCUUCGAUGACUAA